GUGAAAACCAAAGACAAAAUCAUGCUAAUUCCAGGAAAAGAGAAAUCUACCCUGAGUUCCCAUCUGAAAGAGCCAGCGAGGAAAACCAUGAUAGGCGUAGAGACAACCACAGUAGUGAUAGGAAUGCAGGAAGUGGCAGUGAGGUGGGAUCUUACAAACCUGUAGCCGUAAUCAUCAAAGAAAAAAAUCAAAUGCAGAGAAAUCCAGCCAGGGUCAAACCUGAAGGAGCCAGGGCUCAGGUUCGGGUGGCAGAAGAGGGUCCAAGUGUGAAAGUAUCCCAAAUAAAGAAUACCUUUGAUGUCCCAAAGAAAACCAAAGAGAGGCCACCAGAAGUUCAGACCCCUCCAAAGAAAGAUAUGUUGCGGCGAGUUGUGCGACAGAGCAAGUUCCGUCAUGUCUUUGGUCAGGCCGUGAGGAACGACGCGUGCUACGAUGACAUCCGUGUGUCCCGAGUCACCUGGGACAGCUCCUUCUGUGCCGUCAACCCCAAGUUUGUCGCCAUCAUCAUAGACGCCAGCGGGGGAGGAGCCUUUCUUGUACUUCCUCUACAAAAAUCUGGCCGUAUAGACAAGUCCUACCCCACAGUAUGCGGUCACACGGGCCCAGUGCUGGACAUCGACUGGUGUCCUCAUAAUGACCAUGUCAUUGCUAGCGGCUCGGAGGACUGCACGGUCAUGGUGUGGCAGAUCCCUGAGAACGGGCUGGAGACCCCCCUCUCCCAGCCGGUGGUCGUGUUAGAGGGCCACUCCAAGAGGGUGGGCAUCGUGGCUUGGCAUCCCAACGCUCGCAACGUUCUCCUCAGUGCAGGCUGUGACAACCAGAUCGUCAUUUGGAAUGUGGGCACGGGAGAGGCCAUGAUCAACCUGGAGGACAUGCACCCUGAUGUUAUCUUUAGUGUCAGCUGGAGCCGCAAUGGCAGCCUGCUCUGCACCGCCUGCAAGGACAAAAAGGUCCGCGUCAUCGACCCCCGUAAAAAAAAGGUUGUCGCGGAGAAGGACAAAGCUCACGAAGGAGCUCGGCCAAUGAGAGCGAUCUUUUUAGCAAACGGAAACAUUUUCACCACUGGAUUCAGCCGCAUGAGCGAACGCCAACUGGCCCUGUGGAAAACUGACAACAUGGAUGAGCCAAUAUGUGUUCAGGAGAUGGACUCCAGUAACGGGGUCCUGCUGCCCUUCUAUGACCCCGACACCAGCGUAGUCUACCUGUGUGGAAAGGGCGACAGCAGCAUUCGGUACUUUGAGAUCACUGACGAGGCUCCGUAUGUUCACUACCUCAGCACCUUUUCCACCAAGGAGCCCCAGAGAGGCAUGGGAUACAUGCCCAAAAGAGGCCUGGAUGUCAACAAAUGUGAAAUUGCAAGGUUUUACAAAUUACAUGAGAGAAAAUGUGAACCCAUCAUCAUGACAGUCCCACGUAAGUCGGAUCUGUUCCAGGACGACCUGUAUCCCGAUACGUCCGGCCCUGACCCCGCCCUGGAGGGGGAGGAGUGGUUCGCUGGGAAGAACGGAGGUCCUCUCCUGAUCUCACUCAAGGACGGCUACGUCUCCACGAAGAACCGGGUUCUAAAGGUGGUGAAAACAAACGCCCUGGAGACCAAGCCAGUCACAAAAGCAGAAAACACCCCCACUGUCCAGAAGAAGCACGUCUCUCCACAGCCCUCAGUAAAAAUGGACCAGAAAAUGGAAGAUAAACUGGAAGUAGUCCUCCGAGAGUUUAAGUCACUCAGGGACCGCGUCAUCCUCCAAGACCGUCGGAUCGCCAGACUGGAAGAUCAGGUGUCCAAGGUCUCGAUGUAAGACGCCGCCCCCUUUGCUGUUUUUGGAGAGGAACCGAAUGGUCGGGGUCAGUCAUGGCCAAAUCCUUAAGAUUCGGCUUUCGGCUUGGUGUCAUCCCACGAUGAGACCAAGCCCUACAUUCCAAGAUUAACUUUUCUCAUCAUGUCUCCCAUUUCACACUUUCCCCCGACACACACCGAGAAAAAGGAAAAACUCUCCAAGCUUGUGUACACUUCUGAAGAAAAGACAUUUUUGUUUUAAGGAUAAAGUCUUAACUUCUUUUUUUUUUAUUGUGGUAAAACAUUCUUAUGUGAAGUUUGUACUUACUACUCAAAAACUUGUAGCAUCAGUAUUUCCAUUGUUAUUUUUCGUGUUGCCAAAUAUGAGUCGUGUGCGGUUUCAUGCACUGCUUUUACAUUUAUUUGUUCUCCUGUCGUACAUUCCAGUCACAACCUGGUAGAUUGGUUUAGUCGAGCUGGAUUUUUUUAAAUAGCUGUUGAACUUUUUUCCUCCCACCAGUUUGCUCAUUGAUAACCAUCAGAUUUAUGAAUGUGGAGGAAUUAUUUUAAGACGUUUUGUUCCUGGUCUUCUGGGCUUGAAAUGUAACAUUGGGUUUUAUUUGGGAGGGGAGGGGGGGUUGCAUCUAUAUGGUGUAAAUGUUGUGCAAAAUGUAGUGGUGCCUCUUGUCACUGUUGAGGGUCAAAUUGAAGUCGCCCUCUGCAGUGCAUACGUGGUCUUGGGAAGGGACCACUCACCCAGCUUGUGUUUCACUGAACCCCUGACAAACAGUUCUGUGCACAUAAUAAAGAUUUUACACAGGAAGAACUCUUUUUCUUUCUUUA